AUGUACCACAUCCAGCCUUCCAGCAGGGAUAAGCCCUUCAGGUGCUUGGAAUGUGGGAAGAGCUUCAGGAAGAACUCCAACCUCCUCAGCCACCAGCACAUCCACACUGGGGAACGGCGUUACAAAUGUGGGGAAUGUGAGAAGAGCUUCAGGGACAGCUUCAGCCUGAUCCAACACCUGCACAUCCACACUGGGGAACGGCCCUAUUUGUGUGCAGAAUGUGGGAAGAGCUUCAGGGACAGCGCCAAUCUCCACAACCACCAGCGCAUCCACACUGGGGAAUGGCCCUACAAGUGUGGGCAAUGUGGGAAGAGCUUCAGCAAGAGCUUCAGCCUCCACAUCCACCAGCUCAUCCACACCGGGGAACGGCCCUAUAUGUGCUUUGAAUGUGGAAAGAUGUUUCCAACCAACGGGAAUCUCCUGCAGCACGAGCAAACGCACACGGAUGAGAGGCCCUUCCGCUGCACCGACUGCGGGAAGGGCUUCAACCGAAAGUCCACCCUCGUCACCCACCAGCACAUCCACACUGGGGAGAGGCCCUACAAGUGUGGGGAGUGUGGGAAGAGCUUCACCCAGAGCUCUAACUUGACCAGACACCAGCGGACCCACCAGGGGAAGCCCUUCAAGUGCUUGGAAUGUGGGAAGAGCUUCAGGAAUAGCACCCACCUGCUCCGACACCAGCACAUCCACACUGGGGAACGGCCCUACACGUGUAGGGAGUGUGGGAAGAGCUUCAGGCAGAGCUCCAACCUGAUCCAACACCAGCGCAUCCACACUGGGGAACGACCCUACACAUGUGGGGAAUGUGGGAAGAGCUUCAGGAGCAGCUCCAACCUCCGCACCCACCAGCUCAUCCACACCGAGGAACGGCCCUACAAGUGCUUGGAAUGUGGGAAGAGGUUUCAGACCAGCUCAACUCUCCUCAGGCAUGAGCGGACGCACACGGAUGAGAGGCCCUUCCGCUGCACCGACUGCGGGAAGGGCUUCAAGCACAACUCCCAUCUCAUCACCCACCGGCGCAUUCACACAGGGGAGAGGCCGUACAAGUGUGGGGAGUGUGGGAAGAGCUUCAUCGACAGCUCUAAGUUGACCAGACACCAACGUACCCACCAGUAAGAGAAGCCCUACCAGUGCCCCGACUGCGGGAAGACCUUCGGCCACUGCUUCCACCCUGAAUGAACCCCCUGAUGGGGAGGCAACCCCUGGAGUCCAGUGACUGUCAGUCCAUCCCUUUUGACCAAAAAGGGCCAGUCCCCUUUCCCAGGGGCAGCUUCUUCCAACAGAACCUUUCUUUGGGGGUGUGUAGAGAUUCCUGCCUUGACUGGGGACCCCUCAACGUAAUUGCUGAAGGUUGAGAGCAGAGAUCUCUCGACCAGCGUUGGUCUGGGGGAGUUCCAUCCAUCUCUAAUUAAGAAUUCUUGCUUUUGUGCCAGCUUGAGUAGAAUUGCUUCAACAAUUGCUUUAGUGUAGAGCACUGUCCUGUCUUAUCCUGUUCUCCUGGUAAUUUUAGUGUUUGUAUUGUGCAGUAAAUAAUUCUGAUGAAGAUCUUUUGUCUGAUCAUUUGUGACCCUAAAUAAAUUAAUU